GAGUCCUGAAAAACAUGUCAAUCCUCUGAUACUCAGUGUCGUCUACGACAAAAGAGGUAGACGUGCCCACUGUUUGUCAGGACAAAGGCCCGUUUUAUUGUUUGUCGCACGUCGGUCAGCGACAACAUUGCUCUGAGAGGAAACUGGAUCAAGGCGCCAGUGGGCUCUAUCGAGCUCACUAGCGAACUGCGACGAAAGAUGAGUGAUGAGCGAUGGUGCUGCUGAUGAAUUGCUGUGGUGAUGAAUGCUCCGAGGGACUAUUGCGCCGCGAGACCGGCUGGAAUGUCGAGCAGCGCUGGUGGCACUAAUAUCGUCCUCUGCCAGAAACUACCAGGCAAGGCGUUCUAGUCUUCAUGUCACGGUUCACAUCACGAGAAGAUACGAAGACCUGCUCUACCAGACUUGCCUCUGCCCACGAUGACCGCUCCAGCCACUCAUAUGUCCUACGUUACCCUUGGGUCCGCAGGGCUCAAAGUGUCGAAGAUUAUCCUUGGUUGUACGGUGUAUGGGAAUCCUGACUGGUUCAGUUGGGUGCAAGACGAAGAAGAGAGUAUCAAGCAAAUAAAGGCCGCUUACGAUGCUGGAAUCAAUACCUUUGAUACUGCCAAUAUCUAUUCCAAUGGGCAAUCAGAGAUUAUACUAGGAAAAGCUAUCAAGCAGCAGGGAAUGCCGCGAGAUGGGAUCGUUGUAAUGACAAAAGUUUUCCAUCCAGUAACACUCAUGCACGAACGAAUCCAUGGUCGAGCAUCAGCGCUCGCGGAUGAGAAAGGUUAUGUGAACCAGUAUGGUCUCAGUCGCAAGCACAUCUUUGAUUCGGUCCAGAAGAGCCUGGAGCGUCUGCAGUUAGACUACAUCGACGUCCUUUACUGUCAUGAGUUUGACCCCGAUACCCCAAUACAGGAGACGAUGCAUGCGCUUCACGAUAUCGUGGUAGCUGGCUAUGUCCGAUAUAUCGGACUGUCGACUUGUCGCGCUUGGCAAUUUCAUGUUAUGCAAAACUACGCGCUCAACAACCACUUGACGCCUUUUAUCACCGUGGAAACUGACUACAACCUCCUCUACCGCGAGGACGAAAAUGAAUUGUUCCCCACCUUGAAGUAUUUUGGAAUGUCUUCCUUGCCUUGGUCGACACUUGCUCGUGGUGCUGUGGCCCAACCUCUCAGUCGACAGCACGGUCAACUGGGCGGCAACCAAAACACCCAAGGCGAGCAGUGGUAUGAUACGAUUAUCUUAAGGGUAGAAGAGAUUGCGACCCGAAAAAAUAUUACCAUGACGCAAGUCGCUGUGGCAUGGUCCAUGAGCCGAGAAGGCGUUUGUGCACUGGUCAUCAAUGCAUCUGCGGCUGACCGUCUUAUGGAUGCUGUCGGCGGUUUGGAUGUGGUGCUCACUCCCGACGAGAUACGGUAUUUGGAAGAGCCCUAUAGUCCUCAAAGGCUUCAUUUUUAA